GUAUGACGAAGAGAAUCCAAUUUUGGUCAUGGUCCUCCACCCCCAACCCCUCAUUAAAUUUCACACCAAUUUGUUACUGUUAUAUUUCCCCCUCAUUAAUUGUUGUAAGCUACUAGUAGCCAUCAUUUGUCAAGGAUGUGGUCAAUUCUCUGACUUGUUUGAACAUUCUUGUUCUGUCUCGGUUGGUUAUCUUGUAAAGGGGUUUAACCAUUUUACCUCAUACUAAUAAACACAGAUUUCAGCAAUAUGUUGGGUCUUGGAUUGAUUAGCAUAGCGGGUCAUGCUACCCCAAGUAAAGAAUUACACUGGUUACUUUCUGCCUUUGCUGGUAUCAUCAUGUGUAAAAUUGUUUAUCAAUUAACAGGUGCUAUAAGUCCUUUGUUCUUCACGGGAUAUUUUAAACUUGACGACCAAAAGAAACUUGAAUGGAACAACAGAGGAUUUUCCACUUUCCAUGCACUCCUUGUAGCAGCUGCUUCUAUAUAUCUCUUGCUUGAAUCAGAUCUUUUCCUUGAUGGUGCUCAGGAUGAGUUAAUGAUCAAUAGAACCUCAGCUUUUUCAGACACCAUGCUCGGGAUCUCCACCGGCUACUUUCUGGCAGACUUGGCAAUGAUUUUGUAUUACUUCCCAGCCUUGGGUGGAAUGGAGUAUGUCUUUCAUCAUGGACUCUCAAUGUUUGCAAUUGUUCAAUCCCUUUUAAGUGGUCAAGCACAGAUAUAUAUAUUUAUGGUACUCUUUACCGAGAGUACUACUCCCUUUGUUAAUUUGAGAUGGUACCUGGAUGUUGCUGCUCAAAAGAACUCUAAGCUUUAUGUCUGCAAUGGAGUAGCUUUAUUUCUUGGGUGGCUGGUUGCAAGGAUUUUUUUGUUUCUCUUCCUUUUCUAUCACAUGUUUAGCCAUUUUGAUCAGAUAAAGAAAGUUUAUCCACUGGGCUUCUAUAGCUUGUUAACUGUACCUCCUGUUUUGGCACUGCUGAAUACCGUCUGGUUUUGGAAAAUUGCAAAGGGUUUGAUUAAGACUUUGAGAAAGGCUAGACACAGCCAGUAGCAGACAACUACUGCUCUUUUGGAGCUUGUGCAGGUACUUACAGUGGUUCACCAGGGUUAUCAUUUAUGAAAUCAACCUCUAUGUUCAUCAAGUACAGCUGUUUUCUUGUCUUUUCAAUACCUAUUUCUUCAUUGAGUUACUGAGCCAACAAAACAAGUGAAAGAACUGAUUGUAAACUAACAUUUUUACAGUAUCUUUGUCCGACAUUGCUAAUCAUAAAUGUGGCAUCCCUUUCAGUAAUUGUAGUGUGAUGCAAUACCGAAGUGUAGGACCGCUGAUUGACUGUGAUGUUGUAUUUGCUGGCGACAAGGAGCCUAUUUUGAUAUUUUUCAAAUUUCUGGCUUGUUUGAUCAGCUAUUUUGGCUUUACCGUUUUACUCAUAAUGUACAAAAAUUGAUUUUGGCUUAGCAAAAGGAACUCAAUAGAAUCAGAUCUACUCAUUAAAGUGAAGCUUUGCUCUAGGUUUACCUA